GCCAGCCUGAGCAGGUUGCUGCUGCGCGGCAGAGACGCGGGGACUGCGUAGGGCAGCCGGGUGCCGGCCGGCCGGGGCUGCUGCUCGCAGGCUCUCCUUCGGGCAGGAGGCGCCGCAGCCUGGCGCAGCCCCCGCGAGGGUGUGUCCUUGCUCGCCCACCCUCCUGCCUUGGGGGUGGAGGGAGGAGGAACCAGCCGCGGCAGGAGGAAGUGGAGGCGGCUCGGAAUAGCGGGCAAAUGGAGACGUGAGAGGCGGCGGGGGAAAGAAGCGAGCUGGUCUCCCGCUCCCCGAGCGCGCCGCCCGACGGCCCCUGGGGCAGAGGCUUGCUCGGGGCUCCGCUGCUGCUUCGGGGGUGCUGCUCGGAGAGCCGCGGCGUUGUGCUCGCUCUGCGGGCUGCUCCAUUAGCGCACGGAGGAGGAUUUCAGAAGGUAGAAGCUUCCCCUGCGCCAGAGGCACCUUCCCACCCAGCUUCUCCGCUUUCCCGUUCCUGGGAGGGCCUGCAAGGGGAUUGCACGCAAGUUACUGCUGCUCAGAGAGCCUGGACCCUGCCCGAGCCAGCCAAGCACGGGGUCUGCCUGGGGAAUAUUGCUGGCGGCUUCCGAGACAGCCUCUGAUUUUGUUGUUGUUCGUUGCAAGUCUCUGCUUUAAAACCCAAGUGCAUAUGAAAUAUUAAAGCCCCUCCGCUGGAUUUCCCCGUUUUGCCCCUCUCAGAGUUCCUUGCACCCCAAGGACUGAAUGACUUCCCUCUAGAGACUUCUUUUUUGGGGAGGGAGGCACCUCCGUACCACGCUGCUGCAUCUUGUGUACAAGGCUUUUCUCUUUUUCUCCUUUAAAAAUAACCCCCACCCCCACUCCGCUGGAGGGUAAAGGAAGAUGCAGACCUUUCUGAAAGGCAAAAGAGUUGGUUAUUGGCUGAGUGAAAAGAAGAUCAAGAAGCUGAAUUUUCAGGCCUUUGCAGAGCUCUGCAGGAAAAGAGGGAUAGAAGUCAUACAGAGAUUGCACUGGUGGAGCUGGACUUUAGCUGAAGACCUCAUUUAACAUGUUCCAACCACUGCUUGGAAAACGCUUGGAACAGCAGUUGCAUGUCCACUCAAGGUGUUGUAACUGUGAUACAAACGUAGGGGAUUCCAGCCAAGGACUUAAAACAUCAUAACUUGACCUUACCAAACCGAUCGAAGAUCAGGGCCCUUUGGAUGUGAUCAUACAUAAACUGACAGAUGUCAUCCUUGAAGCAGACCAAAAUGACAGCCAGUCGUUGGAGCUGGUUUACAGGUUCCAGGAGUAUAUCGACGCUCACCCUGAAACCAUCAUCCUGGACCCCCUUCCUGCUAUCCGUACACUGCUGGACCGAUCCAAGUCUUAUGAGCUUAUUCGGCGAAUAGAGGCCUACAUGCAAGAUGAGAGGAUCUGUUCGCCACCCUUUAUGGAGCUGACAAGCGCCUGUGGAGAAGACACCUUGCAGGUCAUAGAGAAGAAUGGACUAACAUUCCCAUUCAUUUGUAAAACCAGAGUGGCCCAUGGAACCAACUCUCAUGAGAUGGCGAUCAUAUUCAACCAGGAAGGCCUGAAGGCCAUCCAGCCCCCCUGCGUGAUUCAGAGCUUCAUCAAUCACAACGCUGUGCUGUAUAAAGUGUUUGUGGUCGGGGAGUCCUACACUGUGGUAAAAAGACCAUCUUUAAAGAACUUCUCAGCAGGCAUUUCAGAUAGAGAAUCAAUAUUUUUCAACAGCCACAAUGUGUCGAAGCCAGAAUCCUCCUCUGUCUUAACAGCACUUGAUAAAAUUGAAGGUGUGUUUGAACGGCCAAAUGACGACGUCAUCCGGGAGAUCUCCAAGGCACUGAGACAGGCUCUGGGGGUUUCCCUCUUUGGGAUCGAUGUUAUCAUUAACAAUCAGACCGGCCAGCAUGCAGUCAUUGAUAUCAAUGCAUUCCCAGGUUAUGAGGGUGUUGCAGAGUUCUUCACAGACCUCCUGAACCACAUAGCUGCUGUCCUGCAGGGCCAGACACCAGAGGUGACCCAGCUAAACCUCAGCAAACUCCUGGCUGAGCAGACCGGCGGCAUAGUAGGGGAGCGGACAUGCUGUGCUAGUACAGGCUGCCGAAGCGUGAUGGGAAAAGACUCCUCCUGGAUUGUGGAAAGUGAGACCAACAGCUCAGUAAAGCUGCAGCACCAGAGACUAGGCUGCAACUCUGCAGUGUCUCCCAGCUUUCAACAGCACUGCGUUGCCACGUUGGCAACAAAAGCUUCCUCUCAAUAGCCAGACAAUGCUGUGGACUAAGGAAAAGCCAUGGGGAGUCAAAUCAUGGUCCUAGAAUCAGAGCAGGCUGUAACAAAUUUCUCUUGAUUUAACCCAAUUUGUUGAUGAAAUUAUCUGAAAAGGAGUGGGGAAGAAAAAUGAUCCGGAUACAUUUCAUCAGAUUCCAUUUGCAAAUCUGUAGUGAGCUUGCACAUGCUUGUGUUUUUAACACUAGACCUUAAUGUGGGACGGUUGCUUUUGCGUUUCGUUUUAGAUUUUAUUUGUAAUCACCAGAGACCAGCAUUUUAAAAUCAGACCUCAUGGAACCAGAAAGAAUUGGAGUUGACAUGGCGUGCGUGACAAUGCUAGAGAUUUUCACCUUUCCAGAGUACUUCCCAUUCCCUCUUUCCUGCUGGACCCUUGAAAAGAACUUUUAAGAAAGCUUCAGUAUCAGCAGAACAGGUGUGCUCAGAGCUUCAUUGGCAACUUGCUGAGGGCACUAGGACUGCACCUUAUUUGAUGGAUCAAAACAGAUUGCGGCUGCCCUCCUGUUUAAAACUGAGGUGAAGACUGCAGUUCCAACUCUGCGGUUCUCUUCCUGGAACCGAGUUGUUUAAGAUAAAGGACGCUUCAAAUUGUCUUUCGGCACAAGACUGCUACCAUGGCAGUAACGAAUCUUUUCUGAUCCAGCAAAGCUUCAGUUUGAAAAGCAAAGGGUGCAUACUACUAGCGGGAGUUGGGUGUCUUGGUAGAUAAAACACUGCUCUUUGUACUUUUGGCUGGCCAUAAGACCCUAAAGCUUUUUCUUUAGCUGAGAAAAUAAUUGUCCUUCCAUUUCACUCGGGCAAAGUGUAGGAAUGCUUUGCUAGUGGGCUAGCAAAUGGAUCCACUUUUACUUUCACAGAGUAGUACACCAGCCUUGCACGUCCUGUAAAUACAUGUGUAAUUCAGAUUUGUAGCCACUAUUCUCCAUUAAUACAUGGCUAUGCAUAAAUCAUUGCUCUCAACAGUGAUUGAACAUGAGCAAAAUUGGAAAGAGCAGGGUUUUGUGUAAGCUAGUGAUUUGUGACAGUUUUUCUGAUUUAGAGACUGUUACUAUCUGGGACUGCUAAAGGAGGCGGGGUAGGUAAAUUACAAGAGUAGUGGUUAUACUCAUUUGUGAACUAUAAUACAGUCUGAUCAUACAUUACAGUUGAGAUACCGUAGCAAAACUAAAAUGUAUGUUCUCUUCCUGCAGCACGGCAGCAUCUUCUGUCCUUUUAAAUUUCCUGCAACUUUUGUCAAUUCUGAACACUAAAUUGGAAGUAACUGAAUCAGACAAUGCUGUAAAAGCAGGUUUCAAGCAUACACAUUAAUUUUGUGGGGCUCAUGGCCUUUCCAUCUUUAAGAAAUCCCUAAACUAUGUUCACGGAGAUGCUAUUAAGAAAGCUUCACCUUAGUUAAGCUCUGGGAUGUGACAGUUCCAUGUUUUUCUAUCUUAAGCAUUUGUAGAGCACUCAUCACCAUAACACGUUAGCGCCAACUAAUCUAGUAUCUGAUAGCCAGAGUGGUGGGAAGGAGCAGGUAGGGGAUGUAAUACAACCUUAGGAUAGUGGAGGGAGCCAGAUCAGGAAGACACGGAGGGAGGAGUGAGCCAAACCAUUUGAAAAAUGCUCACUGCCAUAUGGUGGUGGCCAUCCCUCAUGGAGAAGUCUUAUAGGGUCCUGUAAAAAUCACUCUUAACCUUUUUAUAGGGUUUUAUUGGGGGAAGGGCUAUCAAUUUCUGUUAACUUCUACAAGACUUUUCCAUAAGGAAUGUCAUUCGUCUUUGGGAUUUCAGAGUCAGAUUUGUAUGAAACACGAAUACAGCAAAGUUCCUGGAUUUGUGUAAAAAUCAGUUCUGAAUUGGGCACCUGUCAUAACCCUACUAUGCGUUGAGGCUGCUGAAUAAUUGCUGAAUCCCACCAUUUUACUGCAUGUUGUAGGUCCCAGGUAGCCGGGGUGAAAGUGAGGACGACAACCAUAGUUAUGGACUUAAAACAAUUUUCAUGAUUGACCAAACCUUUCUUAGAACCAAGACUGAAAUAAAAUAGACAUCUAAAGGUUUUUUUGAGAUCUUUUCAUGUUUCAAGUAAAGCAAAGAUGCCCUCAGGAAGGAAUUCACCAGUGUGUAUUUUUGUAUGGUACUCUUGUGUAACUGGCGGGUGGAAUGUUUAUAGAUUUGCCAUUUGCUUCCUUUAUUAAAAUGGAAAAAUUUUAAUGGGUGGUGGUGGGAGGAAAAGAAGCAAUGCUUAAUAUGAUUUAGUAACACGAGACCUUUCAAACUAACUGUGUUUAUGUGAAUCAGAGUGUUGGAUCCAGUUAAAAUGUCUGUAUGCUGUUUCCUAUAACAUUGAAUAAGAAUUUAUUUUCCCUGGCUACCGUCUGAAUUUUGGUUGGCCUAUUUUGCACUGCUUUAUUUCUCCAAAAUAAACUACUGAAAUACAAUUGUGCAUUUUA